AUGCCUGGCGCGGUUCUCGUUGCAUUUUUGAAGGAUCAUUCUGCGCUUGCUGAGAACUGUAAUCCAGCUUGUCCUCAAGUUACGGAAUAUCACAAGUACGCCAUAGAACUACUUCUUCCAAUCGUCAAGUCGAAGACGUGGAAAUCUUCAAGGUGUGCUUGGAUUACUGGCCACGUCUGUGCAAAAGAACAUCAGAGGAGGAAGCUGUACAAAGACACCGAUCAAAUUUGCGUACUAUCAUGAACACACUGUGUUGGGCGGUCGGUUCCAUCUCCGGAAAUAAUCC